GCACUUUGUGUUGUACAGUCUCAAACAAUGUCAAACGACGCCUUUGUCAGAAACUUGAUUUUCAAGUCAAACGACCUCGGAAAACAGUCGGACCUUCUUCUCACUUUCAAUCGCCCCAUGCCUGGCAUAUACGAGGACUAUUUUCCUGUAGUCUGGAGGGUCCAUACAUUCGGAGCGGAGGGCGCGUACGCUAUGCGAGCGACCUACAGCGGCCAGCAAUUUUCUUUCACAAAACCAAAGGUCAACGAUGGGAUUAUCAUUGGCGCUUUAGCCUCCGUCGAUAUCAAUGGCCGCCAACAAACCACCCUGACCAAGGACAGCGGCGCCUUCGAGUUCUCUGCUCCUGUGGAGGCCAGUUACAUGAAGGCUAUCAAUGACACUGGGGCGAAGGUGGACUUUACAUUUGACUUUAAGACAACCGAAGCGUCGUUGCCUACGCCGAUGUUGUACUACAACAACGUUGAGUCCUGUAACACAGAAACAAAAGUAGCAUUACCCCCGCGGUAUGAUCUAACGCUGCGCGCCUACGUUACCUCGGGUUAUACAGAGGGCCAAAUCUUGCAAGGUGAAAUUACAGCCCCUUUGUUGUGGGAGGCGAAUCUCGUCGAACUUUCUGAGACCACCACCUGGAACCUCACGUGGGAUCCACUCACUGGACGUUACAAUAUCACCAAGGCGUGA